AUGCAGACUGCAUUUGCGGGACCAUGGGGCUCGCUCCCAGCACCCUUGACGCCUUGGAUUCUCGAUGUGAUAGACUCCAUGGGACACACAAAAAUGACACCGGUUCAAGCAUCGACGAUCCCACUCUUCAUGAAGCAUAAAGACGUCGUAGUGGAGGCGGUCACAGGCUCAGGAAAAACAUUGGCAUUUGUGAUCCCAGUACUGGAGAGACUCAUUGCUCGGACCAGAUUGCGAAAAAAUGAAAUCGGUGCACUCAUAAUCAGUCCCACACGAGAACUUGCGACACAAAUACAUUCCGUCUUUUCGGCCUUUCUAUCCGCUCAGCCCUCCUAUUCCGACGGCAAUUCACUUCCACCACCGCUAUUGUUGGUUUCUUCACAACAGUCGUCUCCAGAGCAAGACAUGAAGCGAUUUUUGGACACGGGAGCCGACGUUGUUAUCGGAACGCCAGGACGUAUCGAAGAGUUUUUACUCGGAAGAGGUCGAACGACAGUGAAUGUUAAAGAGUUGGAGGUCCUGGUUCUGGACGAAGCCGAUAGAUUACUUGACUUGGGAUUUCAGAACACGCUUACUCGAAUCCUCACCCACCUGCCCAAGCAAAGACGAACGGGACUUUUCAGCGCUACUAUGACCGAUGUGGACGCUAUCUCCGAACUAGUCCGCGUAGGACUACGAAACCCCGCUCGUAUUGUUGUCAAGGUCCAAUCCCGUAGAGAAGGCGUCAAAGAGACUGUUGAAGAACGACGAAUACCGGCGAAUUUGCAGAAUUUCUAUAUCACUUGUCGUGCUUCGGAGAAAACGAUACAACUGGCUCGCCUGAUCCUACACGAGGCAUCGCAUUUCCAGUCGUCCCAAUUCAUCGUAUUCUUUGCAACCGGAGCUUGCGUCGAUCAUUUCUAUCACAUACUGCCCCCUUUUCUAUCAUCCAAUGCAACAUUGCAUUCCCUUCACGGUCAUCUCACACCCUCGGCACGAUCGCGAACACUCGAAGCAUUCUCCUCUGCAAUAACAACCCCUUCUACUCCUGCAAUUUUAUUGUGCACAGAUAUUGCCGCUCGCGGACUUGAUCUUCCUCACGUCGAUACCGUGAUUCAGUAUGACCCUCCCUCUGAUGCCAAGGCAUUCUCACACAGAUGUGGGCGGACUGCUCGAGCAGGUCGCAGUGGAAGAGCCUAUACGAUGUUGAUCGGGAGAGAGGAGGAAUACGUCGAUUUGAUGUCGGUUCGCCGCAUACCGUUGAAAAGACAUUCGUAUAUUGGGAAGGGGGGACUGUUGUUGGAUGAAAAUCGACCCGAGGACGAGGACGUUUCUUUAUACCUCAGAAGAUGUCGCAAAGUUCUUCUAGCGGAUCGCGCAUUACAUGACCAGGCGGUGAAGGCAUUCGUUUCAUUUGUUCGGGCGUAUUCUAAACAUGAAGCGUCAUAUAUCUUCCGUGUUAAAGAUCUAGACCUCGUUGGUCUGGCUAAAAGUUAUGGUCUGCUUCGUCUCCCCAAGAUGCCAGAACUCAAGGAUAUUGAUCCCAAGGAAUGGGAAGACGCGGACGUCGACUGGAAAGAAUACGCCUAUGCGGACAAGUUGCAGGAGACUAAACGCAUGGUGACUUUAUCGAAGUUCUCUGAAGAACAACAACGUGCGAGAAAGCAGAGGGCUGAGAAGGCGGCAAACAAGAAAGCAAAUACCGCCUGGAGUGGAAAGAUGGACCAGAAGGAAGAGCGGGAAAAGAGAAAGGAGAAAAAGGCCAACAAAAAGAAAUGGUCCAAAGAGCAAGAAUCCACGCGACAGAUGGACCAAGCUCUGAAAAGACCAAGGGGGGAGCUUGAAGACGCUGGCGACGAUGACUGGGAAGAUAUCGCGAGGGAAGAGCGGAUGGCUAAGAAGGUUCGCAAGGGAGAAAUCAGCCAGAAAGCAUUUGAGAGUGAAUUCACCAAUCUCUAA